UCGAUUUGCUAAUACAUAAGCGUUGGUGAUUUACUUUGUCGGUCGUCUUACACUCAAACUUUCCGGCGCGAAAUUGAUACAGAGCAAUUCGAUCCAGGGGCAUUGAACUAGCUGUUACUGAACCCAAUAGUUGAGUCGUGAUGGUUCUUGGAAGAUAUUUUGGGGUCCUUUCGGCCUUCGCUCUGGCCUCCGCGGUUGGGGUAGAAGUAAAUCUAACCCUGAAGGAAUGGGACUACUAUCCCUCCUGUAAACCGAUAACUCUCACUGAGACAUGUUACGAAACUGUAACGGACCAUGCUACCACAACUGUGUUCGCUACAAUUAGCCAUGGAUACACAGUCACGAAGGAAAAGACUGUCACCAAACCGAUUACGGUUACCAAGACCAAGACCAAGACCAACAAAGAAACUGCUACUAAAACCAAAAACGAGACUAUUACCAACUCGUUUACUAUCACGGACGAAGAGACCACAACUACCACGGCUACUUACACAUCACUGGUUCCUACGACCACAACAGCAACUCUUACGUUCACAACCGAGAUCCCCACCACGGUCAUAUCUGGCACAACUGAGUAUAGCACGUCAGUUUAUACAAGUCUCGAGACAUAUACGACAAGCGUCUUGUCUACACUGACUGAUACUUCCACACUGACGGAUACUAUAACUACAACAGCUGUAUCGGUCUCAGCCUCGCCGACAACGGAUACCGCUACGUCGUUCGUGACUGUCAUUUCUACGACCACUAUUGGCCCUCCACCCUCCACUACAGUUACGCAAACGGUGUCGUCUGUCAUAACCUCCGUGAGCCUUUGCCCGCAGCCCACUCAAUCAAGCAUUGCUGCACAAGCGCCAUACGACCCCGCUUCCAACUUAACUUGGGGGUGUCUCCCCGGGACCGUUUGCUCUCCCCGGAUGCCGGAUGGUUGCAAUGUCUGGCCGGGGCCACCAGAUAACGAAUACCUCUGCGAGAGUCAGGAGUUAUGUAUCCCGGCCCCCGCCUAUUUAUUAGUGGAGUGGCCGGAAAAUGAGACUGGAUACUACCCGCCUUCACAAGGCUACUUCAAUCUUCCGCCGCCGGCCUUCGGUCUAAGCUACGAGAUAUUCGAGGCACCGCAAGAGGAGAAGGUGACGGUGACGGAGCCAGACCGGACUUAUGUAACCUACAUUACCACCGGAAACUAUGAAUCGCAAACAAGCAUCACAGCGUUCCCGUACUCUUCGACGUCGUCGUCGUCAUCAUCGUAUGCCGGAUAUCCGACGGCCAAGGCCAAGAAACACUCCCAUAUAAGCAAGCGCUCUCCCCCAGUAUUAUCAGGUUGCUAUGCAGUAUGCAACACUGCUUAUAUACAGGGUACCAGAGUUGGCAAAAGUGAUUUGCUUUGCCGAGCUAAUUCCGCUUUUCAAAACUAUCUUCAAAGCUGUUAUAACUGUGCUUCUCAAGCGGCAAACUGGGUUGACGCACUCCGGGACUCGGUGACCCCAUCCCUCCAGCAGUACAUCGAUUACUGCCAUGCGCAAGACCCUGGCUCCAUCGUCACGACGCCCGGCUCCGCGCCCGACGUAACCACAACCGCCGGUGGCUCGACAGGCACGGGAGCGCCGGCGGCCUCCUCGACCGGCGUCGCAACGGUCGUGCCGACGUUCUCGACCACGGCAUCUGAGUCCGCUUCCGGGAGCAGCAGCUCCACGGCAGCCCCGGAGAGUUCAAGCUCUUCCCAGGCAUCAGAAACCUCUAGUUCUACGGGGGCUUCGGAGACCUCUAGCUCGGCGGGCACACCAUCGUCUAGCUCGUCGAGGAGUGCAGGAAGCUCGACCGGUGGCGCGUCUACAUCGUCAGGGGAGACGGGGACAUCUACGGGGUCCACUGCGGGAUCUACCACGGAGUCUACAGCGACUUCCGGUGGCGGCAGUAGUGGCAGCAGCGGUACUUCAUCCUCGACACCAGCAUCCGCUACAUCAUCGUCGUCGACAGAACUAUCUAGCAGCAGCAGCAGCAGCACUGCGUCCCCCACGGUGCCAGCCCCAGUGCCCGUCCCUGGCCCCGGCUCGAGCAGCACCGCGACGACAGCGCCGACCACGAUCCCUACAGCUGGCGCACCUGCCAUGCUGUCAAGCAGCGGGUUUGGCGCAGGCUCCAUCUUUGCACUCCUCCCUCUUCUAUUCUUCAUCUGACGCGGUCAGGGGAAGAAAACUAACCAUUUUUUGCGGGUUUGGAUUUGAGCUGGGGGGUUUUUUUUUUCUUUAAUUGGAAGGGGCAAGAUUAGGCACAUAUAUAUCCAUACCUAGUAUGCUGUUACGUAUACUUAAUUCUCAUCUAUCUUCACCUUUUCCCUUCCCUCCCUCCCUCCCCCCCUUUGACCUGGAUUUUAAUGCGGCGGGCAAGCAUGCAUAGUUAGAUAGGCACCUAGUACUUAUGUAUGGAUGAUGAAACGAAACGAAAAUCAUGGAUGAGAGGGAAAACAAAGGCCAGCAGCGCACACAGGCUUUGUUUGUUGCCCCGUGGAGUGUAAUGAAUGAGGUUCGAGUUUUGAUACGAAGCACAUGAUGAGAGGGAGAAUAGAGA